AGUUCACCAGCAAAGAAGCAAAGGAUGGAUCAUUCCAGGAGACAGAAAGACCAUCCUGCAUGCCAGCCUAGACUCAGGAAUAGGAGGAUCUCAGUUGCCGAGAAAGUAGCAGCCAAGAAGCAACUUCCGGGCCGGGACACGAGGCAGAAAUGUUCUAACAGGAAGGGGUUGAAUGACGGUAGAAAUUACACCAGAGUCAAAGGUGAUGCAUAUAAGGAGAAAAAGGAAUUAAGUAAUCAAAAAGAAAAGUCACGUUCAGCUGCACGUCUAUUGAAGCGUGUGAUUCCACCUCCUGGUGACAGCAGUGAUGAAGAGGAAAAGAAAGCAAAAGAAGAAAUAUUGGAAGAAAAAUCACUCAAAGAGAGUGGGAAACAAGAUGCGACUCCAGAAGAAAAAUGUGAGAAGUCGGAGAUCUGUGAUGAUCAUUUCGCGGGAAUCAAGGAUGAAGGCCUGACAGGAAGACAGGAAGCAGACCAUGAAGAAAGAAAGUUCUCUGAUGAAGCAAGUACUCCACCUCUUGAUUGUAGCAAGGAAGAGGAAGCAAAUUCAGAUCCUGAGGAAGUUUUGUGCCAAGGACUGUCUUCAUCCCAGUCAAGUGUAAAAUGUGAACAUUCCGUGGAUGAAUCAAAGAGUCAGAUCUCCAAGACUGAGGAAGCUGAUCGGGAACAUGUUGGAUCUAGCUUGGAGGUAGAUGUAAAUUCAGUGGUGCAGGAAGUUUGUAGAACAGCAAAAGAGAGAGGUGGUGGUGGUGGAUUGCUGUCCAUAGGGGCAAGCAGUCGCAGGCGUAGAAAUGUGAAAAGAAAAGAACAGAAACCAAAGCUCCUAAAGGGAGUUCAGAGUCCCUUGCAGUCAGAGGCAAAAACCUCUGGUCAGACCAAGUCUCCUGAACUUGUUUCAGAGCUGAAGCUUAAAUGGCAAAGAGUGUUCAAGAACAAGAAGAAUCCUAGUGGCUCAUCUCCACUGAUGAGUAAAUCUCUUGCUCAAUUCAAGCGCAUGGCAUCUUCACGUGUAAUCCAUACAAAGCAGACCAGUUCACAUCAAGAACCCUCCCCAAAGGAAAAAAGUGCUUCAAGCUCACCCCAGACACCUGAGAAGCCAUUCUCCUUGUGGGGAAGAGUUCAGGACCCAAGUCCUCUCCCAUCUCCCAAAGGAACAAUAUCACCCUCAUUGGAUGCAGAGACAGAAUCUGAUGUGGGGAGCACAUCUACUGUGAUAUUAUCAAAGGAGAAAUGUGCUGAAGGGGAGAGAAUGCAUGAGAGCUGGGAAACAGAUAGUGAUGAUAGUGCCUCUACUCUCAUCCAAUUUUCAGGAAAUGCAUCUCCCAGAGAUGUCUCUUCUCUAGAUGUGAUGCAACCAUGUGAUAAGAAAUCAGAUGAUGCUACUUGUAACAGUGACGAUGAUAAGGCUGUUGAGCACAUGGUUGGUGAUUCCAGUCCUGUUGGAGAUGAUAUUCAGCCCUGUUCCAGCUCAGUAAUAGAGUCUAUCAAGGAUGCUAGAGUUGAUGUGGACCAUUCAAGCACAGUAAAACUUGAUGUGCCUGGUGGAGAAACAACACCAAGAGUAUGCAUGCCUCUCCUUCAAGAUGAAGGAUUGUUGGGGAGGGAUCUAAAACCUGCUGAUCUGAAGGAAACAUCUGACAGAACAGCUGAAAAUAGCUUGGAGAGGUUGUCAGACCACCUCACUCACCAGCUGCAGGAUAUGUUAAAGCAGCUAGAAACCACAGAUGCCAAUGUUGCUAAGGUGGGUGCUGCUCUUAGGAAGAGGUUUGAGUUGGAAGAAGAUUCUGGUGGGCAAUCUAUAGAAGUCCAUGGACACACAGGUGAUGAAGACUCUGGUGAGCCAAAAGCCAGUACCUCAAAUCAAAAUGGAGGGGAUUCCAGUCCCAACUCACACAUCUCAAAGUUUAAUGAGAAGGCUCAAAAGAUUAGACCAGAAUCUCAAGAGUCCCCUCAGAAGCAAUCAGAUCCUCGAAAGCCUUUGGAAGAUUACCUGGAGAAACUCAACACUGCCAGACCAAAGGAAUUAAUGGAACUCUGUAUGGAAUCAGAUGAAUAUGCUGCAGAUCUGGAAGAUGAUGGUGAUAAAAGCCCACAGCUUAUUGUUGACGAGUCAGUUGAUGCUGCAGAGGCCCCACAUUUGUCUCCAGUCUCUGAUCCAGAAGAUGGAGGGGCAGACCAGGAAGGACUGGUUGGGGCAUCGGAGGAGGAACCAUCUUCACCUUCCUUGUCCAGAGAAACCCUGCAGUCCAAUGAAGUUUCUAGUUCUGAAGUGGAAAGUCAGAGCACUGAGCAUCAGCAGAGUGCAUUGCCAGAUGGGCAGAUGGCUUGCAAGGUUGACAGUGAGCCAGAUGUUGCAACUCAUAGUUUAUUGGAAAUGAUGUAUAAUCUCAUCUGCAAGAUGACAUUAGGCAUACGGGAUGAGAAGAAGAUGCGUUACAUUGUGAGAAAUUUUCAGGUGGCUCCUGUUCUUCAGAUGGUGGGUGUUUGCAAUCAUUCUGCAGUUACCCAUAUUUUGGAAAACCUGGAACAGUUUGCUGACCGAAUGGUUCAUGAGACUCAGGAUGCCUUUGCAAAAGAGCAGAUCCAGUAUAAACGUUCCCUUAUUUUCAGGGCAUUAUUCUCAGUCAGGGCAAAGAGCAACCAUGAUGAGGGAGAAGUUUCUUCUGCUUCCCCAUCCACAUCAUCAAAGCAACUUGCUCCAUGCAGAAGUGGAGGCAUCCAAGUUCAGGCACACAAGGAAGCCAACACUGGAUCAUUAACCUCAGAAGGAAGUCAAGGUCAACUGAAAGAAAGAACCUCUACUGCCAGUUCACAGCAGCAGGUUCUGUCAGACAAAAGGAAUGUACCUUUGAGCAUGCCAAUUCUUGUAAGUGAUUCUUCUGUUUCACCUUCUCCACCUCCUGUUGAAGCUGCCAGUGUUGGGCUCUCUAUUAAUCCAUCAGAGACUGCAACCACACUUGCUAUCAUGCCACAACAACCAGAACAGUCAGAGAAUAGCCAGCCAAGUUCUAACAAUCUCAAGAAGACCAAGACAAAUUUUGCAGUUAAGAAAAACCGUUCAGAUUUAGGCUCUCCCCGGAAGAAUCACACU